AUGCUUUGUUUCCAGUCUGCGAACGACGCAUUCACUGGAAUCUUUGAGAUUCCAUCGCGGACUGUAUUCGGAUUGAAAAGAAGAAAGAAAAGCUACCCACGCGGAGGACCACACGGCCAACAGCAAAGGACCAUCCGGCUAGCCGUGCGGAGGACCACACAGCCAACCAGCAAAGGACCAUGUCACCCUUGCGAAGGACCACAUUGUCAGCCACGCAGAGGACACGGCGCAGCCCACAACAGGAAGGAGCUCCGAUCUCAAAGACGACGAGAAUUUCACUCUAAGCGCAGCUUUGAAGAUUAUUUUUUGCAAAUUUCACGUUUCUGCCCUCUCACUUGA